AUGACUUCAACAAUACCGGAAACACGCAUAGAAGCUCCCGAGCCACUAUGUCACCGCGAGUCCGAAACCCAAGAAAUUGUUCACAGCCGGCCUCAUGCAAUGGAAUCAAAUUAUCCAGCCACUGGAUAUACUAGAGACCCAGUCUUUCCAGAGGAAUAUGUUAUCGAAACGAACACCGGUCUUGUCCUCCAAAGGACCCUCGAGGAAAUCCGAUCCAAUCGAUCUGUCUCAUCCACCCAAGUUGAGACACCAACCAACGAAAGAGACACCGACCCUGAAAAAGGAGGAAACGGACCCACAGAGUUCGUCACAUUUACUAUCGACGACCCCGAACAUCCCUAUAACUGGUCCCGUGCCUACCGAUGGUACAUCACCAUGGUCGCAUCAGCCCUAGUCGUUUGCGUCGCAUUCGGCUCAUCAAUCGUCACUGGUGGGCUUGGUCUAAUCGAAGACCAAUACAAUGUCUCCCUCGAAGUAGCAAUCUUAACCUGCUCAAUCAUGGUUUGCGGUUUCGCAGUCGGUCCACUCCUCUGGUCCCCUCUCUCCGAGAUCAUCGGCCGAAGACCCGUCUACAUAAUUUCUCUCGGCCUCUACGUGAUAUUUAACAUCCCCUGCGCCCUCUCACCAAACAUCGGAGGCCUUCUAGUCUGCAGAUUCCUAUGUGGCGUGUUCUCCAGCUCGGGACUUUCCCUUGCUGGAGGAACAAUCGCCGACAUCUGGAGCAUCGAAGAGCGCGGCAUGGCAAUUGCCUACUUCGCCGCUGCACCAUACUGCGGCCCUGUCCUCGGACCCAUCGUAACAGGCUGGAUCAACGUCGGAAGUGGACGUCUGGACCUUUUCUUCUGGGUGAACCUCGCCUUCGCCGGCGCCAUCAUGAUCAUGAUUGGUCUCGUUCCAGAGACAUACGCCCCAUUAAUCCUCAAACGACGCGCCGCGAGACUCCGCAAAGAAACCGGGAAUCCAAAUAUCAUCACCGAGCAGGAAAAGACCAAGCUUACAUUCCGUGAUAUCGCUCGAACCAGCUUGAUCCGGCCCAUUACGAUGAUCAUGACCGAACCCGUUCUCGAUCUGAUGUGCAUGUACAUCGUCCUCAUCUACGCAAUGCUCUACGCCUUCUUCUUCGCUUACCCAGUAAUCUUCGGCAAACUGUAUAACUACAACGACGGACAAAUCGGUUUAAUGUUCAUUCCAAUUUUGAUCGGUGCUGCUUUCGCACUGGUUGUCACGCCGCUCAUCGAAAACCAAUUCAAGAAGAUUUGUAGUGUUCGCUCUCCAAUGCCUGAAGAUCGACUCAUCGCUGCGCUUAUUGGUGCGCCGUUUAUUCCAAUUGCGUUUUUCUUGCUCGGUGCUACUUCUUUCAAGCAUAUUAUUUGGGUUGGGCCUGCUUCUUCUGGUAUCGCUUUUGGGUUUGGCAUGGUGCUUUGCUAUUAUGCUGUCAAUAAUUAUAUUAUUGACUCCUAUCAGAAGUAUGCCGCGUCGGCUUUGGCUGCCAAGGUUUUCCUUCGCUCUGGAGGUGGUGCCGCGUUCCCGCUGUUUACUACCCAGAUGUAUGAUCGUCUUGGUUUGCAGUGGGCAUCUUGGUUGCUUGCUUUUAUUGGUGUUGCAAUGGUAUUCAUCCCUUACGUCUUUUACUUGUUUGGUGCUCGCUUGCGGGCGAAGCUUACUCGGGACUAG